AAAAAAAAUGGAACCGCAAAUAUUCAGAGAGCGCCGGAGAGAAGCAUCGCAGCGGACGCAGAAUGGAGACGGUCAGUGAAUCUGCAGUGCUUUGGCCGGAGGAGUGAAGGAGGUCCACAACCCUGAGGGAUAAAAAACCACCGAUAUUAUUCAUCUCUUCACAUCCAGUAUAUAUCAGACCGUCGUCAGUCUGGGUCAGUGAUUUAAUUACAGUCGCUCAUUACCCUGGUCGUGAUGCUGGACAACACAAAGGUGUACGUGGAGCUCGGUGUGGCGAAGGUGCAGAAUGCAACCGAACCCCAGAAAGCACACACCGUUUCAAGGGACGAGAAUGGCUUUAUCAGCACCAGUGUUUCCAGUCCAGAUGAGGAGGACCAGGCCAGAUCUCCAUCGGAGUCUGACCGCAGCAUCAGCAGGCUCAGUCUGGCCGGUGUAUCGGAGUCGUCUGGGACGUCCCACAGUGCUCUGGUGUCUCCGGUGGAAGAUCGUCAGCCUUUGUCUUCGCACCGCAGCACCGGUCAGGCCUUGUGCUCCUGCAUUCGGGCCGGAUCAGUGGCGACUCUGCGCUGUCUGGAGGAAACACCGCUCAUGGUGUCUGGACUGCUGUUAACCAUUCUCUUCUGCGUCACCAUGAUUAUAAUCAUCCCCGCCACCGGCAGGAAUCUGGUGGUCCACAUUGCUGCGUUUGCGGUGGUGUGCGUGUCAGUGUGUGUAUGUGUGUCUCUGCUGCUGUGUUUGCCGUGUCUGCCUGUUUUCCGGCGUGGAGAAACGCAGCUGGCGCUCUUCAUCUGGAUCCUGCUCUUCAUCAUCGCCUUCGUCUUCGUCUUCACCGGAGGCACCGUCACCGCCUGGGAGCAGGUGGGGUUCUUCCUCUUCCUGUCGCUGUCGGUUUAUACAGUUCUUCCUCUGCCGUUGCCGUGGGCGAUGAGCUUCGGGAUCGGGGCGAGUGUGUGUCACAUCGUCGUCAUCAGUGUGUAUGUGUGUGUCACGAGUCCAGAGACACGAGACCUGGCCGUACAGCUGGUGGCGAACGCAGUGUUGUUCGUGUGCAUCAACACCACAGGAGUGUUUCACCUCUGGCACACUGAGCAGGCCCGCAGGAAGACCAGGAAGAAACGAGAGGACUUCAGCAGAAACCGCUCGACGCAAGCCAAGCAGAAGCGCGAUCAGGAGCACCUCCUCCUGUCUGUUUUACCGCUGUACAUCACAAGGGAGCUGAAGACGGAAAUCGUCAGCCGUCUGUCGGCGAACUCUGAAGAAAACCGACCCAAUUUCCACAGUCUGUACGUCAAACAGCACAGGAACGUCAGUAUCCUGUACGCUGAUAUUGUGGGAUUUACUCACCUGUCCAGCACCUGUACGCCGGAGGAGCUCGUAGCCGUUCUCAAUAAACUCUUCGGCCGAUUUGACGACAUCGCAAAGAGGAACGACUGUCUGCGUAUUAAAAUCCUGGGCGAUUGUUAUUACUGUGUGUCGGGUCUGCCGGAUCGCAAAAACCAACAUGCGCGAAACUGCGUUCAGAUGGGCCUCGACAUGUGCACCGCCAUAAAUAAGCUGCGUGAGGCCACAGACGUCAACAUUAACAUGCGUGUUGGCGUGCACACGGGGAACGUGCUGUGUGGCGUCAUCGGCCUGCAGAAGUGGCAGUACGACGUCUGGUCAGAUGACGUGACUCUGGCCAAUCACAUGGAGUCUGGAGGAGUGCCGGGGAGAGUCCACAUCACAGAAGAGACUCUGCUUCAGCUGGGUGGCAAAUACAAGGUAGAGGAGGGAAACGGUGCCAGUCGAGAUGCCAGCCUGAAGGACAGGAGAACAUACCUGGUGAUUGAUCCCAAUGCAGAAAAGCUAAACACAGCAGCAGAGAGUCAUGAGCUGAAGGUGAACAGACUCACAGACCGUCAUAAGCUGCGGGCGUCGGUGCGGAUGUCACAGUAUCUGCAGUCCUGGAAAACCGUCAAACCCUUUGCUGGACUCAACCAACCAGAAGGCUCGCACGCAGCUCCGCCCACUGCUGACAGCGAAAUCAGCCAAUCACAGAUGGGCAUAGAGCACAUGGAGUUGAACACACACAGAUCUUCACAAGUUCUGGAAAAUGAACUGAUGGGUUUAGACUCUGUGGAUAAUGGAGGGAAAAGUCCAAAGAUUAACUGUUUGACUUUAUUCUUUACUGACUGUCCGCUGGAGAAAGAGUAUUCACUGAGUGAAGCCCAGGAUCUUCAUCAUUCUGUGGGAUGUUUAGCCGUCAUCUUCAUCUCUGUGUUUGUGGUUCAGAUGUUGAUCUCAGAAAAAAACUUUGCGCUGGCGGUGUCGUAUGGUUCCACGUUCCCAGUCCAAAUAGUGGUUGUGGUUAUAGUCUUCACUACAUUCCUCAAGCGCUGGAGGUCUAAGGUUCCCCCCAGCAUCCCCUGGAUGUUGGAGCUGUGCACCGGUGCGGCCAGCAGGGCGGCGCUGCGACUGCUGCUGGUGCUGCUCUGCCUGCUCAUCACACUGCUCAUGGCAGUGCUGAACAUGGCUUUCAUUCCAGGUGAUAGCUGCGUAAAUGUUUCCCAGAAUGCAACAGCGCUGAACAUUCUGAAUCUCUACACUGUCCCGUAUUACCUGUUCUGCUGUCUGCUGGCGAUGCUGGGCGUGCUGGUGUUCAUGCGUGUGUGUGUAUCAGUCAAACUCUUCCUCCUAACUCUGGCUGUGGUGGUGUAUCUGGCGCUCUUUCUCUACGUUUAUGCGCCGCGCUCCGACUGCUACAUCCAGCAGCUGUACACCGCGAACAACACACCGGGAGUUCUUAAAGAGCCAAAGAUCAUGGCCGGUGUUUGGCUGGUGAUUUUCUACUUGACAUCGCUGAUUCUAGUGCGACAGGAUGAGCUGGGCUCUCGGACAGAGUUCCUCCUAGAAAAGUGUUUUAAGAAGAAGUCAGAGGAAAUGGAGACGACGAAGAACGUGAACCGCCUGCUGCUGCAGAAUCUGCUGCCCGGACACGUCACCGACUUCUUCAUCGGGAAAGAUGUGCAGAACCAGGACUUGUACAGUAAGUCAUGUGAGUGUGUCUGCGUCAUGUUUGCGUCUGUGCCGCAUUUUUUCAAAGAGUUUUACAAUGAAAGCAGCGUUAACAACAAUGGCCUGGAGUGUCUGCGCUUCCUCAACGAGAUCAUUUCAGACUUUGACGAGCUCCUCAACAAGCCAAAGUUCAGUGCUGUGGAAAAGAUUAAGACCAUCGGCAGCACAUAUAUGGCAGCGGCUGGACUGACCCAACCUGCCAAAGUAGAGGAGCGACAGGUGUUUGACAUUUCCUACAGCCAGGUGCGCUGCAUGCUUGACUUCGCCAUCGCUCUGAUGAGCAAACUGGAAAACAUCAACAUGCACUCAUUCAACAGCUUCAAACUCAGAAUUGGCAUAAAUCACGGGCCUGUAAUCGCAGGCGUCAUCGGCGCUCAUAAACCGCAGUAUGAUAUUUGGGGAAACACAGUGAACGUGGCCAGCCGGAUGGACAGCACUGGAGUCCUGGACAAAAUACAGGUAACUGAGGAGACUGCGCAGGUGGCCCAGACUCUGGGUUACUCAGUGACCCAGAGAGGAGUGGUCAAUGUGAAAGGGAAAGGUCAACUGACCACAUACUUCAUCAACACGGAGCAUACGCCAGCCAAUCACACACCUCUCUGAACACACACCCGCUGCAUCAGUGUUUCACUAAGGUCCUGUAGGCUGAGGUCAUUUAAUGUACGUUUGACGUUUACCUUAAUGGUUCAUCUAUUUUUAUAAAUAACGCACGAGUCUGUGGCCUUCAGAAACUUUCAAAUGACUAUAGUUUUAUAUGAAAUUUCCUCUAUUUUUGUUAUUUAUUACUGUUUGGUAACGUGUAUUUAAUAUUUUGUAUGUUCAGUGUAUGUGUUAAUUAAAAUGUUUGAUAGAAA